AUGGCACUGAUCAGCUCAUCCACAACCCAUUACUCAACGCGUCUACUCAUUGACGCAGGCUCAGAACUCACCUUCGUCACGGAGAAUCUCAUUCGGCAGCUCAACAUCCCUCGUCAAUACUCAAGUAUUGUCGUCACUGGAAUUGCAGGCAAGGAGUGUACUCAGACACGAGGAGUCGUGUCACUUACGUUACGCUCGACACAUUCCAACUCAACUGCCACAGUUCAAGCUCAUGUCCUCCGGGCAGUUACAUCAAUCGUAUCAUAUUUCGAAGCAGAACCGGAAGAAUGGCCGCAUCUCAGAAACUUGGCAUUAGCCGAUCCAGACUGUCUCAUCCCGCGGCCUGUUGACAUCCUCAUCGGAGCAGAUGCUUACGGGCAUUCUCCAUUCAUGCCAAUAGCGCAACUCUCCAUUUUCGGAUGGCUCGUUCUGGGACCAGUCAAUAGAGAAGCAAUACGCACAUCAACGCAUUAUGCUGCUACUCAAGUCAACGAGGACGCUCUUAAUGAGCUAUUGACGAAAUUUUGGGCUCAAGAGGAGGUGUCUACUCACGAUGUCACUCAGUUCACUCCUGACGAGCAGAGAUGCGAGGAGCACUUCAAGACUACACACUCUCGUGAUUCUUCAGAGAGGUACAUCGUCAGGAUUCUACUCAACUCACCAGUAGAUCUUUUGGGUGACUCUUACAACGUCGCUCAUCAAUGUCUGAAGGGACUACGCAUACGAUUCUCAAGGGAUGUGAAUUAUCAACGUCUCUAUUAA